GAAGGCGGGACUUAAAGGUACCAAUGAGGUGGCCAGGGCUUUGCCAUACAUGGUUAUCGGAUAAAAAGGAACAGCAGAAAGUUUACAGCCCAUGAAACUCUCAGAAUGAAUGGAACAGCUUAUUCCAACUUUGACAAUCAAGAACAUGUCCUGAAAUUAGGAGAGACGUUUGAGAAACACCCUAAAAGUGCCUACCAUACGGUGCGAUAUGACUUCAAACCAGCCUCCAUUGAUACAACAUGUGAAGGAGAUCUUGAAGUGGGCAAAGGAGAGCAAGUCACUAUUACUUUACCCAAUUUAGAGGGUUCAAGUGCUCCAGUAACAGUCUUCAAGGGAUCCAAGAGGCCGUACAUGAAAGAAUGCAUCCUCAUUGUGAACCAUGAUACAGGAGAGUACAGACUGGAAAAACUCAACAGCAAUAUAGCUGUGAAGAAGACCAGGGCUGAAGGCAGCAGUAAGAUCCAUUCUCGCCUGGAGCAGCAGACCAGUCGCCUGAGCCAGCAGUUGAAGAGUAACAACAGCAGCAGUACCAAGACCUCAGCCAGCUCCAAGAGUUCUCCUCCCAAAGAGAAGACAUCCCCGGCAUCCCCCAUGGACGACAUCGAGAGAGAGUUGAUGGCAGAGGCACGGGUCAUGGACCAGCUGAGCAGCGGUGACAGCUCCUCAGACUCCAACAGCUCCUCAUCCUCUAGCAGUGAUGACAGCUCCAGCAGCAGUGACUCAGAAGACGAACAGACUUCUGCGCCACCCUCGGCCCCAGCCAACCACAGCAUGCCUAUCAUCAACACCAGCGUCAACACCAACAGUCGCCACCAGGAGGGUGGAGGAGGACUCAUGAACACACUCAAGAAUGACCUCCAGCUGAGUGAAUCAGGCAGUGAAAGUGAUGACUGAACAACAUAAGGACGUCUGCCUGCAUGUGGACAACAGAGAUUUUCAGUGAGGAGUAAAGGAACUGGGCACAGACCUGUCAGUGUCUUGCUUCACUUAAUGUGGGACUGUCUUCUCUACAUAUCCACAAUUCUGCUAGGAAAUUACAAUUUAUUUCUUCUCUGCCAACAAACUUCAAAUUUUAUGCCACAUUUAUUGCUUCAUGAUCUUUAUUUUUUUGUGUUAAAGAUAUGCCUUAGCUCAGAGAGACGUGAUGUGGUUGGUGUAAGAGAAGCAGUUAAUUAUGACAAACUUAUCUGUAAAGUUUCAUCUCACUGGAUGCACAUGUGUGGUUAAACUGACCAAGCAUAUCAGAGGCAGAAAGACAGCGGUGUUCAUGGAGGGUAGAUGGAUGUUUCUGCCCACCAAUCAGUCGUCUUUAAACCACCACUGGAGUUUCUGCAUUUCAGCUUAGCACUAUUAGGAACUUUUGUUGUGCCUUAGGUCAGUUAAUAGCUUCAUUUCACUUUUCUCAGCUGCAUUAGUCUCUGAUGGGAGACAUUAAUCUGUAAUAACAGAAAUGAACCUUUUUUUAGGAUGAGCCACACUGAUAUGAGUCUUCUGCUUUUGUCUUAUAGAGUUAUUGUAAAGUUAGCUGUAGAGCCUUUUGGUUUGGAUUACUGAAAGCCAGCUGCAGGACAACACAAUAUUUUCAUUUAAAGCUGCAUUAAUUUAAAUUAUUUUUGCCACUUUGGAGGCCGUGGAACAAGCUGAAAACAUAAGGUUGAUGCAUCAUCUCCUUAGAAAUGUGUUAUUAUAGAAGAUGCUGAAUUGCCCUGUAUUGCUUAAGGGGAAAGGCGAGUGAUAACUAUCUGUGGCUUCAUAACUACGAGACCCCUUUCGCAUUGCACCUAAUCAUUUUAUUCAUUAUUAAUAUAAAAAUAUUGAUUAUUGCAGCUUUAAGAAUUAAGAUGUCUCUAAAACCUUGUUUAUUGUGAUAUUUCAGUAUAGAAUGGGGUCUGAUUUCUGGUAAAGUAGUAGUACUCAGUUGACUCAGUUAGGGUCAUGCUUUGUAGCUUUAAACCUGCAAUACUUGAAUCAAAUUAAUUAUUUAUUUUUCAAAAUAUACUCGACCAACGGUGAAUUGCUUAAUAUAUUUUAUAUAUAUUUUAAUAGCCAAGCAAUUGGAAGUGCAAAUUAGUAUGAACUGUAUUGCAUUACAAGCCAGAUGCUUUGCUACUGCACCUCCAAUGUGAGUCUUACAGAACUUCAUGUGCCUUUUGUUAUUUGCCUCUGCCAAUUAUAACAUAGGCCUUCUUGUUUUGUCACAAACCCCAUAUCACUGCUGAGCUGCCUCAGCACACAGGAAGCUGCUUUUUAUGUUCCAGCAUUUCUUUGGCAUCCCAGCUGACUGAUACAGUGAGAGUCUGAGAUGACGAAGUCUUUGAAUUUGAAAAAUCAUGAUAUGUUCAGCCUUAAGGAGAACGGUGCCCUCAGAGCAUCUUUUGUAGACUAUUAGAGAGUAAUUUCUUUAUAGAAAAAUAAAGAUUUUAAUAGUU